AUGUUCGCCAAGACUCUGCUGGCUUCGGCUGCCCUCAUCGGCAACGUCGCCGCUUAUGAGGACGCCAAGAUUGUUAGCAACAACCCCCACGGUGUUACAUAUGCCGGCAUCCUCCCCACAGAGCCCUUCUUCAAGGGCGCCAACCUCGAUGGCAAUGUCGUCGGAUCCAUAUCUGCCACUGCUGCCGACGAUGGUGUUGGUACAAAGUUUACCGUCGAGUUCUCCAACUUUCCCAAAUCUGGAGGUCCCUUCAUCUACCACAUCCACGUCAAGCCUGCUAUCGGCGGCAACUGUACUGCGACUCUCGGCCACCUCGAUCCCACCAAACGUGGCGACCAGCCCCCUUGUGUUGCCUCCACACCCUCGCAAUGCCAAGUCGGCGACCUCAGCGGCAAGUACGGCAAUAUCACCUCGGAUCCGUUCAUCACCGAGUUCACCGACCCUUUCACUUCGCUCCAGCCUGGCGCUGAGGCCUUCUUUGGCGACCGUUCCUUUGUCAUUCACUACGCCAACACCACCCGCCUCACUUGCGCCGACUUCCAGAAGGUUGAGUCUUCGACCGCUCCCGAGUGUGAUGGUGACCACCCCCGGCCCACCGGCGGCUACGUCUCCCCUACGGCUUCCGGUGUUCCCACUGUCGGCAGCCCCGUCCCUACGGUCCCUGUUGUUGCUGGCGCCUCCAAAGUCGCCGUUGCCGUUGCCGCUCCUCUUCUCGCCCUUGGCGCCGCUGCCAUGUUGCACUAA